AUGUCUGAUCCCAAGAAGAAGAUUGAAGGCGAAAUUGAUCGAUUCGAUGAUGUUUUCCAUGGUCAUGGCGAUGAUAUCGAUGUCAACGAGGAUGAGAAUAUCGAUUAUGAUCAAUUCUUUUCGGAUUUUCAUAAAAAUGAUGAUACCAAUAUGGAAAAUAUUGAUUAUGAACAGUUUUUUACAGAACGAGCAGCGAGUCGAGGGCAGCGAAUCGAACAACCAAGAAGAAAUUGUCACCGCCCCGACUCUAACUCGAUCGUUGGGCGAGGAUUUCUUGCUCCAACAGUAAUCAAUGAAGCACCACAAGUAAAACUAACCGAGGAUGAAUAUCAACUACUGAAAUUAGGCCCUCGAUUUAUAUAUAAUGAUCCAAAAACAGCAUCUCGACGACGUCUUACUGAGUUGGCUACACUCCAAAGAAAAAUUGAAGCUCGAUUUCAUGAAAAGAAAGUUAGCCCCGGUCGUCCAGUCCAUCAAUUCAUUGCUGAAUUAGAUAUUAUGCUCCAAAAUUUACAUGAUAUUCCUGUCAAGUCAAAUCCUCGGUUAAAUCAAUCACAACAACAACAACAACAACAAAAUCAUCAACACAAUGUUCUCGAUAUUCCAGAUGAUAUGAUUAUUUCAAGUCAACCUCAAAUAAGAAGAAAUCGAUCUUCAAAAAAGCCUAACUAUAGUCGAUUAGUCAAACGAUUAAAACAUAAAUUUAGACUGGCCAAUGUAGUAUUAAGGAAGACCGAUAAAUCCAAAGUAUUUCAUCUGGGAAAACUUGAAGAUUAUCAAAAAAGAUCUGAAGAAUAUAUGACUAAAACCAAUGCUUAUCAGUGUCUUGGUACUCAUGAUCCAUUACCUGAUUUAAUUCAACGAACCAAUCAAUAUUUAUUACAAUUACGUCUUGCAAAAUGGGUUACACAAAAACAAUAUGAAAUACUAUCUAUUAAUCCAAAUGAAGUUGAAUUGGCGCACUUAUAUUACUUACCAAAAGCACACAAACCUGGUACUCCUCUACGUCCAAUUAUUGCCGGUCUUAAACAUCCAACGAUUAAAAUCUCGAAGUUUCUUGAUGAUCUUCUUCGACCACUGUUCAAUCAAAUGGCUAUAGAAACAAAUGUUACAUCUGGUUUCGAAUUAGUCAAAAAGCUACAAGAUUGGUCAAGAACUAAUAUACGUCAAGAUACUCUACUAUGUACGGCUGAUGUUACUGAUCUUUAUACAAUGGUACCACAAGUGGAAGGAGUACUCUCGUUGCGAAAAAUGUUAGAUCAUCUCAAAUUAAAACAAGUUGACGGUCCAUCAUUCAUCCGAUUGAAUCAAAGUGCUAUUCGUCCUCAACAACAACAGCAAAUUGAACUUCAACAUGAACAUGAUGGUAUUGCCAGUAGAAUUCAAGAUUAUCUAGUUCAAUUUUAUCAAAUACCAAGAACAGCUUCAAUUUUUCAAGAAUAUUCCUAUCAGCUUUGGAAUUAUCUCUAUCAAUCUUAUUCGGCACCUGUACCAUAUAAAGAUCGAAUUCUAGCACAACAGCAAGCACAAAUAGUUACAUCGAUUCGGAAGAAGAUUCGACAACAUCAUCUUGUUAUACGUGUCACGGAUAAAGGCCAUCAUUUUUAUAUUGGAUCAACAAAGGAAUUUGAUAAAAAAGCUCAAAAAUUCUUUUCUGAAACUAAUGCUUAUGUGGAAGUAACAGAAAAUCCAUUGACUGAACUUCUAAAUAAAAUUAUUAAGUUCCUCAAUAGCUGUUAUUCGAAGAAUCUUAUUCUAAAAUGGCAAUACGACAAAAUGAUGCCUGAUCGAGUCAAAUCGGAAUUAUCUCAUUUAUAUUUCAAUCCAAAAACACAUAAAGAGAAUAUACCUGUUCGACCCAUUGAAAAUACUAUUCGUGCAGCAACUACCAACAUUUCCAAGUUUCUUGAUCAAAUUAUCCGCCCAAUAUUUGAUCAGAAAUGUCAUACGACAACUAUUAUUGAUGGUGCACAUUUAAUCAAACGAAUGAAGCGAUAUGUGAGAACGGGUGCUUUCAAACCAUCUACUCUUUUCUGCACAUUCGAUAUUCACAAUUUAUAUACAAUGUUACCACAAGAUGAAUCGUUGAAUGUUCUUGUUGAAUUUCUUCAUGUACAUGGUUAUCGAAAAGUGAAAGGAAUAGCUCUUGAUACAAUUCGAAAACUAGCACUUAUCGUCAUCAAAGAAAAUGUGUUCGUCUAUGGCAACAAAAUCUAUCAACAGACAACAGGUGGUGCAAUGGGUUCUUCAUUUACUUUAACAUUGGCUAAUAUAUUCAUGUGGAAAUGGCAAAAAGAAUUCGUUCGUCAACAAGAUAUUACUGGUGAAUUAUUUGGCAGGUAA